AUGUUAACUUCAAUUCAAAGUAAUCCAAAUACUACAGAACAUAAUGAAUUCAAUAUAGAAUCUAUUCCAUAUACAACUUUUCAACAGUAUACUAUUCAAUUGAAUGAUUUAAACAAAUCAACCUUAAAUCAUCCUCCUCCUGCUCCUCUUGCUCCUCCUGCUUCUCCUCUUGCUCCUCCACAUCAUCAUCAUCAUCAUCAUCCUCAUUCUCAUACUGAUCCUGAUAAUUGUAUAUUGAAAUCUAAUUCAUAUUAUACAAAUCAUUCACUUAAUCUACAAUAUACUAAUCAUUGUAUAGAUCUAGAUAAGACCAUGCAGAAUGGAUAUAAUCGAAUUGAUUAUCAUAAUAAACAAUUAAUUACAAAUACUACUAAUAAUACUACUACUAAUACUACUACUAAUACUACUAAUAACAGUAAUAAUCAUGUUCCCAGUUCAUUACAGACAUCUAAUUUAAUUACAUCAUCUACCAUAACACAUCAAAUGGAUCCUAAACUAAGACAACAUCAUCGUAUCUCUAUCAAUCAUUUAAUCUAUCAAUGUAAAUUAUUAUUUAUAUGGAAUAUAUUAAUAACUAUUAUAUUAAUUAGUAUAGGAAUUAGUUUAUAUUAUUAUUAUUAUAAAAGAUUACAAUUUAUUGAAAAUCAAUUAAUCAAUAAAUUUGAAUGGAUUCAUCCAAUCAAUAAUAGUAAUGCAUUAGAUCAAUAUUUAUUAUUGAUUUCUAAUCAUGAUCAAAUAAAUGGUGAUUAUAAAAAGGAUUCUAUUAAUGAUGAUAAUAAUAACAAUCUAUAUAUAGUAAAAAAAUCUUUAUUAUUGAAAAGUAUACAAAAUAAUCGAUUAUGGCCAUCGGUGAAUAUUGAUAUGUUCCGGGAUAUUUGUCGUGGUCUUUCAAUUGAUUGUAAUGAAAUGAAAUUUUAUGAAGGUAAACCUGGACCUCCAGGACCCCCAGGGGAACCAGGGAAACCGGGACCACCAGGACCACAAGGACCAAUUGGACCACCUGGACCACCCGGUCAACCCGGUACACCAGGUGAACGAGGACCUCAAGGUGAAACAGGACCUCAAGGGCCACCUGGUCUACGUGGAUUAAUUGGUCUUCAAGGUCCAAAAGGUCCUCCUGGUCCAAUUGGACCACCUGGAAAAGAUUCUCCACCUCAUACAUGUAAUGUAUUAUGUGAAAAAGAAAGUUAUCGAUAUGGUAAAGAUGAAUCAGCUUGUGAAGUGAAAUGUACAAAUUAUAUUAAACAUAAAGAAGAAUUAACCUGACAUAUUCUUCUUUUAUAGGUACCAUAAUCAUUCUAUUCAUUUAUCUAAUACCGAUAUCCGGUUGAAUACACUCGAAACAUCAUAUAAACUAUUCUGAUCAAGUUAAUAUUUGAAUAAAGAAUGUUUUUCUUUUCUGAAAAAUAUACUGAGUUACCCUAGUAACUAAACAGUUAUUUGAAUUGUACAUUAUUUUUUAGUUAUAUCCCUUGUUUAUUGAUAUUUCUAACCCCCUCCCCUCUCAUAAGUUUUCUUGAUUUCUAACAACUUACAAGAUAUUUGACAAAUAACAGCAAGACUGUAACUUAUAAACGAACCAAUCAUGUAUAAGAUAACCGAUCUUGAAUUUCAUUCAUUUGAUCAAAUAGAGUUUUGUCAUUGUUACUGAUUUCAGUUCAUGAUGAAAACUCUAAAUCUAAUUCCUAACCUUAAUCAUUAAUUGUAAAUCAUCAUUUGGAUUCCCCACCCACUGGUAUAUAAC